UGCCUGUUCUUUUUCUUAUGUGUUUCAGAGUUGGGUCUUUGACAUUCCAUUUUAUUGUUGCUCUUUGGAGUUUGGAGUCUUUGAGCGCAGGUUUCCGGUUUGUCAGCACCAUGGGUCGCGUACGGACGAAGACAGUCAAGAAGGCAGCACGUGAGAUCAUCGAGAAGUAUUACACUCGGCUCACGCUGGACUUUCACACCAACAAGAGGAUAUGUGAAGAAAUCGCUAUCAUUCCCACAAAACCUCUUCGUAACAAGAUUGCUGGGUUUGUAACCCACCUGAUGAAGCGCCUGCGUCACUCUCAAGUGCGGGGCAUUUCCAUCAAACUGCAGGAGGAGGAGAGGGAGAGGAGGGACAACUAUGUGCCUGAGGUCUCUGCCCUAGAACAGGACGUCAUUGAAGUUGACCCUGAAACAAAGGAUAUGUUGAAGAUCCUGGAGUUCAGCAACAUUGGUGGUCUCCAGCUCAUCCAACCAACAACAGCUCAGACUUUUGGUCGCAGACCGUAAAACAUGGGUUAAUUAAAGUUUUUAUUAUCCUUUA